AAAAGCUCCUAGAUUCACCUCCAUCCGUAUCAAAAGAGUGCUAAACAAAAUCCAGUAAAAUAAUUAUGGGUUUAUCUCUUUCUUUCUUCAUGCGCUUUCUUUUUUUAUUGUCGUUGUUUUCUCUUAUAUCUGCUGGCUCUUUUUCUUCUGUGCAGUCACCCAGCUGCCAUGAUGAUGAGAGAUUUGCCUUGUCGCAAUUCAAAGAAAGCAUAAUUAUCAAUCGGUCUGCAUCUGAUGAUCCUUCUGCUUAUUCGAAGGUUUCAUCAUGGAUGACACCAAGUGGUGAUUGCUGCACCUGGGAUGGUGUUCAGUGUGAUGAAAACACGGGUCGCGUAACUAGCCUUGACCUCAGUAGCAGUUAUCUUUAUGGUUCCAUCAACUCCAGUAGCAGCCUCUUCCAGCUUGUUCACCUUCAUAGGCUUAACCUUGCCUCCAAUGAUUUUAAUCACUCUCAAAUCCCAGCUGGUGUAAGGCGGCUUUCAAAGCUUACUUACCUUAACCUCUCUAAUUCUGCAUUUUCAGGUCAGAUCCCAUCAGAAAUUUUACAGCUCUCUAAGUUGGUUUCCCUAGACCUGGCUUUGAACCCAUUGAAACUCCACAAGCCUAAUCUUGAAAGUAUAGCUGAAAAGCUUAUAAACUUGCAAGAACUAGUUCUUAGUGAGGUUGACAUAUCAUCCACUCUACCCAGUACCUUGACAAACUUAACUUCUUUAAAGACCAUUUAUCUUAGAAAUUGUAGUUUGCAUGGUGAGUUUCCAACAGGAAUUUUUCAGCUACCAAAUCUCAAGUCCCUCAGUGUGCAUCUCAAUUCAAAUCUCACUGGUCAUGUACCUGAAUUUAAUAGAAGUAUCCCCCUUGAAGAUUUGAGACUAGCAGGUACAGGUUUCUCUGGCAUGCUACCAUAUUCAAUCGGUAACCUCAAAUCUUUACAUUCCUUCGAUGUUGGAGGAUGUAAUUUCUCUGGACCAAUACCGUUCUCAUUUGGUAACCUGACGGAGCUUACUUUUCUAGACCUUUCAGAUAACAAUUUCAACAGAGGGACUCUUUCUUGGGUUGGUAAGCAAACCAAACUCACCUUUCUGAACCUAGAUGAGACCAAUUUAUAUGGUGACAUCCCGUUCUCUCUUGGAAACCUAACCCACCUUAAAACUUUGAGUCUUUCUUCAAAUGAAUUAACUGGUCCUAUCCCAUCUUGGUUAGCAAACCUCACACAACUUACUCAACUGUGGCUUCAAAAAAAUAAAUUGCAUGGUCCAAUUCCAACGUCUGUUUACAAACUUAGGAAGCUUCAAAUUCUAGAUCUGUGUUUAAAUCGCUUGAGUGGUACAGUGGAAUUUGGCUUGUUUCAAGAACUUAGUAGUCUCUUUUACCUCCAACUAUCUGAUAACAAUCUUUCAUUGCUUAUUGAUCCUAGCACUAACAUUUCUACUCUUCAAAAAUUUAAGGUAUUAGGAUUGGCUUCUUGUCACUUAAGUGAAUUCCCAGAGAUUCUUCGAAACCAAGAUCAAUUGCGAGUUUUGCUACUUUCUCGAAACAAAAUUCAUGGCCAAAUACCAAAAUGGAUCUCAAACUUGAGUAAAGAUACUCUUGUGUCUUUAGAUAUGUCUGAAAACUUCCUUACAGGCUUUGAUCAAGCCCCAAAUUCUCUACCUUGGACCAGUCUACUAAUUUUGUACCUUUCAAAUAACAAGCUUCAAGGGCCACUCCCAAUUCCACCACCGUCCACUGUCUAUUAUGAAGUCCAUGGCAACAUGUUGAGCGGAGAAAUCACUCAAAUGAUUUGUAAUCUAAGUUUUCUUUCGUAUCUUGAUUUGUCAUGCAACAACCUGAGUGGUUACCUUCCCCAAUGUUUAGGCAACUUGAGUAACCUUUCAAUUCUUAAUCUACGGCACAACAACUUUCAUGGCCACAUUCCUCAAAUGUUCAUAGAAGGAUGCCAAUUGAGUAUGAUCAAAUUGAAUGAAAAUCAUUUUCAAGGGGCUUUACCAAGGUCAUUGGCUAAUUGUACCAUGUUGGAAAUUCUUGAUAUUGGAAAUAAUCAUAUAAUUGAUAUUUUCCCCUCUUGGUUGGGCACUCUUCCAGAGCUAGGCGUUCUCAUUUUGCGAUCAAAUGGCUUCCAUGGUGCUAUUGGAAAACCUGAAACAAAUUCUACAUUCCCAAAAUUACAUGUCAUUGACCUCUCCAACAAUUAUAUUACUGGUAAGUUGCCAUAUGAAUACUUCCAAAUUUGGAAAGGCAUGCAAAGUUAUGAUGCAGGUGGCUUAACUUAUAUGCAAGCAAGAGUAAAAAUCCAUAUACCAAGUUGUGGAUGGUUAUACACCUACACUUACCAAAUGACAUUGACGAACAAAGGCAUAAAGACAGAAUAUUGGAAAAUCCAAGAUUACUUUGUGGCUAUUGAUCUCUCUGGCAACAGGUUUGAAGGUGAAAUUCCAAAACUUGUAGGAAAUCUAAAGGCACUUUGUAUGCUCAACCUUUCCAACAAUGUUCUUACUGGUUCUAUUCCAUCAUCAUUGGUAAACUUAAAAAACCUAGAAUCACUUGACCUUUCUCAAAAUAUGCUAGUUGGAGAGAUUCCUCCGCAAUUGGUAGAGCUUACAUUCCUUGCUUUUUUGAAUCUGUCUCACAACCAUCUUACGGGAACUAUACCACAAGGGAAACAAUUUCUCACAUUUGAAAACAAUUCGUUCAAUGGAAAUGUAGGAUUAUGUGGAAGCCCAUUAUCAAAACGAUGUGCCAAUUUGAAGGACCCACCACCACCACCUUCAAUAUUUGUAGAAAAUCAAGAUGAAGUGUCUCAAUUUGAGUUUGACUGGAAAGUAGUUGUGAUGGGAUACGGAUGUGGAUUUAUAUUUGGAGUUUUUGGUGGGAAAAUAAUUAUCAAGAAGAAAAAUGAUUGGUUUAUGAAGACUUUUGCAAUUGGUCAUCCACCAUGAAGAAGGGUGAAUUAGAGGGGACAUUGAAAGGCAAUAUAUAUGUUUCCAUAGUAAAUAAUUAAAUCCAUGCAUAUGUUGUCACCAUUUCUAUAUUUUCCUUUGCUUUAAUUACUUUAAGGGUUUGGGAGGGGUUGUUAACAAUAUUACUGUAUUUGAUGGACUUGUUCGCCUACACCAAAUCAAUGUAAUAUUUGCUUUUCAUUUUUCUUCUCC